UCUUAAAGCUUUCUUCACGGCAUCUUAACGGAUUCGUAAAUUUAUCAGUUCAUGCUGUGUCUUAGGUCUUAGCUUUCGUGACACCCGACUUAAUGACUACAUUUGCUUACGUAUAAUAGGAGAUUCUAAGAUACCCAAUAACGCAACGACUUAACGGCUACUUUUUAACCAAUAAAUAUCAUUUUCAUCAAACAGGUUAUGUCAACGUUUGCCUUUACGUUGGCCUGGAGGCAGUCAUCUCGGUUCUGUCAUAUCAGGCCGAUCAAACAUGCCACUUCUAAUGUCUUGUCUACAAAAACAAGUUCAGUAACAGGCAGCAUUUUUGAGCGAAUUCCUAAAGAGGAGCUGGCACCGAAAACCAGACCACGGGUGCGAAACAGAGAGUUUCUCCCAGGCUCAACGGGUGACGGAUUCCCAGAGUACUUGGCAGAGCCAAGUGACUCUUUCCCGCACGGAGUGCGCGUCAAAACUAGAGAUCAGUCCUCACUCUUAGAAAUGGGUGCAAAUUGCAUGGAGUACAUAAAGAAGAACCUUACCGAUAGGCAGGCGAUAUUGUUCCGCGGAAUUCCAGCUGAAACAGCAGAGGACUUCUUGGCCUUAACCCAAGGAAUGCGAGGCAAGCCUCUGAGCUAUGAGGGUGGUGCUGUACCCAGACCCAAGGAACUGAAAAAUUCUGACAUCUACUUUUCCAGUGCUGAACCUGGAGCGUACACCAUCGAGUUACACAAUGAAAUGCCAUAUCUCAAGACUUUCCCCAGGAAGAUUUUCUUUUUCUGCUUAAAAGAGCCUGGCGAGAGUUGUGGUGGCGAGACUCCUUUGGCUAAAUGCAGCGACAUUGUACUCAAACUUGAUCCCGAAGUCGUAAAAAAGUUGGAGGUAAAAGGAGUCAUGUAUGUACGACAUCUGCCGGACAAAUCACGAUCAGACUACAUGCCCUGGCAGCAUCAGUUUUACACUGAAGACAGAAAGGCAGCAGAAAUAAGAGCACAGCAGCGAGGUAACACUGUAAGAUGGGACGAUAACGGUGAUAUGUACCUGACUUACACCGCGCCGGCCUUUCCUUCUCAUCCAGCAACAGGAGAAAAAAUCUGGUUCAACCAAGUAACAAGUUACCACUGUACUUACUCGAAAGCACUGCCACAGUACAAAGGUUCUCAUCUCCCGGAUGAGAAAUAUCCCCAUAACACCUAUUAUGGAGACGGAAGUGACAUCGAACCGGAAGUGUUACAACACCUCAGAGCAGUUUCAUGGUCAUGCGCAGUUGGGUUUCGAUGGAAGAAGGGUGACUUAAUAGCGCUUGAUAAUCUUAACGUUCAGCAUGGACGAAUGGCCUUCAAGGGAGAGAGAAAAUUACUGGUGCAUAUGACGGCAGACUGAACCUACCCUUCACCUUGAGUUUUAGUUUGAAGAGGGAUUAUAAUUAAUGAUCAAGUAAAAGUUGUCAGUUUUUUAGUUUUUCGACUAAGUUAGCGCACAGGAAACCCAAGUUCAUGACACUGAACGAACCCGAACGUGACACAUAGCGGCAGUGGGGGAAUGAUUUUUACGGCUAACGAUUAGGAUUUUGGCCAUUUUACAGCUAACGGUUAACCCAAAUGACACAUUGUAGAAAGAGAAAAUUUUUACAGUUAUUUUUUUUUUUUACGACUUACGAUCAAAAUUUGUCAAUUUUUACGCCUUACGAUUAAAUUUUUUAGCUGUUUUACGGUUAACAGUUAAACCAUUGAGACCAUCUUAGCGCUCUAGCGCAUAAUAAUUUUACUUAGCUUAUUUUUGAUCGAUCAGUUAUGCCGAUAAAACAAAAGACUUCGGUGAGUUUUGCGUUUUAAAACAAAUUUACAUACCAGAUUGUGUCCAUAACGUUUCCCACAGUUAAUGACUUGUAACGAGUUGAUAUACAUUCAGAGGCGGAAAUAGAAGAAUGGCAGAAAUAGCUCGAAAGUCAGUUUUCUUCGCACCUAUUAGUCAUGAAUUAUUAUAAAUAAUAAUGACAUGAUCAACAACUUAAGAAGCUCUUGAUUGUUAAACAAAUUCUCCUUUUUAUAACCUUAAGAAUUGUAUAGAAAAGGUAUGGAGCAUAUGCAUACUGAUGUUAGGGUGUAAAGGCUAAAGCUGAAUUAUAAACGCAUUUUGAUUGGUUCUUGCUUAUGAUCUAUUUGAGGACCGACAAAUAGAUGACGUCACCAUUCAUAA